GAAAUAUUUUACCGGAAUCGACCAUUUCAUGAGCUAUCGAAACCGAAAAGGGUCGAGUGUCUACAGGGACUAGUCCACUUCUAUCAACAACAUGCCAUCAGAAGCAGCCAAAAAACGAAAGGAGAAAAAGAAAAACCAAACACGUGGUAAACCGGCUGCAAAAAGUUCAGCAGAAAGCACUUCUAAUGGAGUAAAUGAAGUCACAAAUGGAGUUGAGAAUGGUUCGUUUGCAAGCAAGUUAGAGAAAUUGAAGAUAUCGAACCUUUCAGUAACAGGGGUGUUACUUUCACAUCCAGAAUCAAGAGAUUUGCAUUUGGGGCAAAUAUCUUUGCGAUUUCAUGGAGCUGAACUUUUGACUGAUGCUAAAAUUGAGCUUAAUUGUGGUAGAAGAUAUGGAUUACUAGGUCCUAAUGGUUGUGGCAAGUCAACAUUGAUGACAGCACUGUCUCACAGAGAACUUCCAAUUCCAGAACAUUUUGACAUCUUUCAUUUGACAAACGAAAUUGAAGCAAGUGAUAAGACUGCGUUAGAAUGUGUUAUGGAGGUGCAAAAUGAAAAACUUCGUUUGGAAAAGGAAGCAGAAGAGUUAGCUCACAGAGACGAUGAAUUCUCUCAUGAUAGAUUAAUGGACAUAUAUGAAAGAUUGGACGAACUGGAAGCUGGUCGAGCAGAAGCCACAGCUUCACGUCUCCUUCAUGGUCUUGGUUUCACAACAAUUAUGCAAGCCACAAAAACAAGAGACUUUUCUGGAGGAUGGAGAAUGAGAGUUGCUCUUGCCCGUGCAUUGUUUGUAAAACCAUCAAUAUUAUUGCUUGACGAACCUACGAAUCAUCUUGAUUUAGAUGCAUGUGUAUGGCUUGAGGAGGAAUUAAAAACAUACAAGAGAAUAUUAGUUCUGGUAUCACAUUCACAAGAUUUCUUAAAUGGUGUUUGCACAAAUAUUGUGCAUAUGUCAAAAACUAAAAUGAAGACAUACACGGGUAAUUAUGAUCAGUUCAUUACAACUAGGGCUGAGUUAGAAGAAAAUCAAAUGAAGGCUUAUAAAAGAGAACAAGAAGAAAUUGCACACAUGAAGGAUUACAUAGCCCGUUUUGGUCACGGUAGUGCUAAGUUGGCUCGACAAGCACAAAGUAAAGAAAAAACAUUAGCAAAAAUGAUUGAGGGUGGACUGACAGAAAAAGUAACAACCGACAGAGCGUUAUCUUUCUUUUUUCCUGACUGUGGCAAACUCCCUCCACCUGUGCUUGCAGUAGAGCAUGUUAGUUUUCGAUACAACGAUUCAAAGCCUUUGCUAUACAAAAACUUAGAUUUUGGCAUGGACUUGGAUACACGUAUUGCACUUGUUGGACCAAAUGGGGCUGGCAAAAGUACUUUGUUAAAGCUGUUGUGUGGAGAGCUCGCUCCAACUGAGGGUAGAAUAAGAAAGCACCAGCAUUUGAAAUUUGGGCGAUUUCAUCAGCACUUGCAAGAUAUACUCGACAUGGAAAUGAGCGCUCUAGAUUGGAUGAUGAAGACAUUUCCUCAGGAAAAAGACAUAGAACGCAUGCGCAAGUUUCUUGGGAGAUACGGACUGACUGGAAAGCAGCAGACGUGUCCCAUCAAAAAUUUAUCAGACGGUCAACGUAGUCGUAUCAUAUUCGGUUGGCUUUCAUUCCAAAAUCCCCACAUGUUACUACUGGACGAACCUACUAACCAUUUGGAUAUUGAAACUAUAGAUGCGCUAGCGGAAGCUAUCAACGAGUUUGAUGGAGGGAUGCUACUUAUUAGUCACGACUUUAGGCUCAUCAUGCAGGUUGCUAAAGAAAUUUGGGUAUGUGAGAACGGAGAAGUGCAUCCGUGGAAGGGAGAUAUAUUUAGCUACAAGAAAAUAUUAAAAGCCAAAGCGAAAAAAGAUCUUAUAAGCAAAUAACACAGGUGGUUGCUGACCUCAGCAUCGUUAGAGUGGAAAGAGGAAUUCGAUAUAUCCAAGUCCCAAUCGGGAGGAAUAUGGAAGUCCGAAAUCAACGGGCGAAUGGAAAGCGUUGUGUAUUUUCAUCUCUCGAACUUUGUAGUGUUGCUAAGUUUGUGUUUAACUAUUUAUAUCUGCAUUUUAUCCCUUUAAGGUAAACAUCUUGUUUUUUGCGUCAUCUUUUCAAAUUCCUUACAAAUAAAUAAAAGUCGUCGAUUGCUAUUUUUAUCACUGCCCGAAUAUGUAAAUCAUUCCUCAAUUAAAAUACUGAAUUUGUCUUAGA